AAGAAAGUCUAGAGAGAGGGAGAGAGAGGGAGGUACUCCAGCGGCAGCAGGUCUUGAAAGAAUGUGUGACCGGAACAUGUCACCAACCACUUGUUUUUGGGGCGAUUUUUUCAAGCUUGUGUCGUUGGGGGGCACGGCCUUUGUCCUGAUUUUGAGGUAUUGUUUUUACUGCAGAGACAGCGACCAGGGCGAGACUUACGCGGAGUUCAUUGCUAGGAUGGAAGCGACCUUAGAAUUCAGGAAUAACAUGCAAAACCCUGAAUUCAGGGGUCGUAUGGAGGCUGCUAUCGAGGCGAAGCAACAGGCCGAGACACGGCGAAACGUCAACGCCGAAUCUAUCACCCGGGCAGCGGCAAGGAUGACUGAGGCUGGGGCCCAGGUCCGGGCUGCAAUAGGACCUGCUUCAGAGCCCAGCGACCAACGUGUUCAGACUGAGUCUCUGGCUGCCGCCAGGGCUCGCUUAAGUGAUGAGAUCAAAGCCGUGGCAGAUUUGAAGGCUGAGAUGGUCGCGGCUCAUUUGGCGGUGGCGGCUGCGAACAGGUCUGUGGUCGAGGUUUGCCUUGCUGGCACUGGCCAACGGACGACCGAUUAUGUUAUUAGCGCUGGCAUGGUGCGAAGAACUGCAAGGGGUGCCAGAAGACGCGAGGCACGGACGGAUCGUGCUAUGGAGCCUAUGGAAAUUGGGCGGAGCGAUACUUUGGAGGAAGGCAGGCGCUCACGCUAGCUACUGUACACGAAGAUACCUUCCAACAACUGGCUCAAGAAACUGCCUCAAGCCGUUGGAGCCCAAUACAUGGCGGAGGGGCAUUGUAGGGUGAUGCGGGAAACAGCCUGGCGGAUUCUUUCCUGAUUCUUCAACAGCAGAAAGAACCGGGGAUCCAAACUGCAGUUUCAAAAUCACGCCGCGGCUCUACGUCGUUCGUGCUCGCACACACAACUUCUUGCUCCCCGUGAUGCACGCGAUAGGUGCCACAACCGCUGUUUCCUCUUGCAGUGCCUCCAUGUACAUGUGUGUUGUUGCCCUCCUACCUUUAUGUUGCAUUUUAUUUGUGCCUGCCGGUGACACCAGCUGGUCCAUAGUAGCUACUUUUUAUCGUUCUCCCCCUCCCUUCGCCCCUUCUCGGCGAGGGAGGGGAGGAUAGAGAGCGGGCAUCGGACGAGGCCGGGGUAACCCCCAAGAAUUUUGCGUUUUUUUUGUUGUUGUGAGCAAAUGCUCGUAUCGCACAGCAUUUUGUUCGAACAAGAUACCUUUCCCGAGGCGACCGUAGUUUUUGUGCAUGUGCCUAUGUGUGUGUGUGAUUACUAACAUCGACCUCGAUAGCCGGCUUAACCAUGAAAAUUCAUCGGUCGCUGCAAGUGUAGAAGGAGUCUGUCUAUUCUUUGUGUGUGUUUUCCCCGAUUUCCGACCCUCAUGGUCUUGACUGCGGGUCGUCCAUUGCCGUGGACUGGGUGAGUGCUUGGUGAGCCCGGAGGCCGAAGCUUGUAUUUGUAGCUGGAUUACAGGGCCUUGCGUGCCGUCCGUUGUGAUAUAGGGACAGCAGCAUUGUACCUGAUGCGCUUGGUAGCGCGUGAGAUAACAUCGUUUUCUCUAUCUGUACCAUCAUACUAUUUGUUAGCUGGAUGCUGUAAGAAUGUUUUCCCUUCGGUAGUAUCAGUCACGUAGACUGUGUACAGCAUACGGGGUGUGUCUGCCUGGUUGGUGAAAGAGGUGCUGGAGAAUAAGGUCCCACAUGUAGGGUGGGGGGGCGGAGGUGGGUGCUGUCUGAGACAGAGCGCAACGUCCUACCUGGUGUAUACGACUCAUUUUUUACUGUUAUAUAUAGAAGUAUAUGUAGUCUACCAGCUUUACAGCCCACUUCUCAGACCUCCAGGGCGUGCAGGGAGAUUGACUUAGUUGGCCAGACGGAAAUCGGCGUGGAAUACUUCUCGCUACAAAGAAAAAAAUGACGCCUCGUUUCAGGGGCUUGCAGUUCUCUCUAAAUGAUAAGCUCUCUGUGCUUUUCUGAAUAUUGUUUUGCUCUGCUUUUCUCUUCCUGAAUUCCACGGUUUCGGAUUUACAUUCCGACAAGUUCACCUUCACUCAUUAUUAGUCUAUGGCCACCAAGAAAGAGAACUUCGACCCUAG